AUGACUGACCAACCGCUGUCUAGCAGCAUCUCUCCUCCACCUGCGUCUGUGCCUGCUCCUCCUUCAGCCUCCAUGGAAUACCCAUUCGCAACCUCGCCCGACAUCCUUCGGACGCAUCAGAAAGACGCCUACAUCACCGGGAGUAUCUCGUCACAAGCCUCCACGAUCCUGCGCGCCCUUCUUGGGGCUCGUUUCGCACACAAAUACUCCGAGGCCACGAACCACCUCUCUGAGCUUCUCUACCUCUGCAUAACAACGCUUCUGGGGAACAGGACACUGGGCGAGGAGUACUGCGACGUGAUCCAGGUCGAGGACGACACGUUGAGACUCGCCGGACUGGGCAGAAGGGUCGGAUACAUCGCCAGCGUGGUGUUCGCGCCCUGGAUUCUGGGCAAAUCUCUGCCAGCGCUCAGAAGGAGGUUAAGGAGCAAACUCGAAUGGAACAUUGAACAUGCAAAGCAGAAAGACCGCCAUCACAGACAUCCCUCCUCACCCAGAAGCCUUAAAGUGCAAGAAUACAUCCUUAAACACCUCGACACCCUGACUUCCCCGCAACCCAUCUACGCCCUCAGCCUCGCCAUCUUCUACUUCACAGGCGCCUACUACCACAUCGCCAAGCGGCUCUUCGGGCUGCGCUACGUGUUCACCAAACAAAUCAAACCAAAUGAAGAGCGCGUCGGCUACGAAGUCCUAGGCGUCCUCCUCGUCCUGCAAAUGGCCGUGCAGUCUGCUCUGCACAUCCGAGAAACGUACGUGGAGGCGACGACCACCGCCUCGACCACGACGGGGGGAGGAACAAAGGAGGAGGCCAUCACCGCUGCAAUGCUCGCCAACGGCGUCGAGAUCCCCAUCCCGUCAAGCCUCGAAACGUCUUCGACGGGUGGCCACCUCCUCACCGCCGUCUCGAUGCCAUCCUACCUCCCGCCGGGCCUGGCGGCCAACACGGCGACGCCCAUCCUAGACACCCCGCGCUACGCGCUCGAGGACCACGACGAGACCAUGGCCUGGAUCCCCGCCGGCCACCAGCGCAAGUGCACGUUGUGCCUCGAACCGUUCCGCGACCCCAGCGUGACCACCUGUGGACACGUCUUUUGUUGGACCUGCGUGCAGGACUGGGUCAAGGAGAAGGCAGAGUGCCCCUUGUGCAGACAGAGCGUGUUAAGCCAGAAGGUAUUGCCGCUGAGGGGAUGA